AUAAACUCGAAAUAUCGAUGUGUAACGAUAUGUAUAUACAUACUUUCAUGUACAAUGUAUAUGUAUGCGACAUCACGUCUGUAACUUUUCGAAAGUUUUCAUAAUUCUCAAAAAAAUUGUUAAUGAAUAUGAAUUAUUAUAUUGAUAUUUUUUUUAUAAAAAUAAAGAAUAUUACAUAAUAAAUCAUUAUAAUUUUUAGAGAUGAUAAAUAUGUGUUUCAAAAUUCUAAUACGGUUAAAUGUCGACGUGUCAAUGGAAUAAUGAUUUUAAUACAUUUUUCCAUGACGUUGUAAAAUCAAUUAUCACUAUUAUUAUUAAAAAUUAUAAAAUUACAAAUUUAUAUUAAGUUAUAUACAUCAUUUAAAAUUAUAUGAUAUGGUAGCUGAUAAUAUAUAAAAAAUUUAGAAGAAAAUGGUUAAAUAUAUUAGAUUAAUUUAAAUUAUAUGUAAAUAUUAAGAUUAUAUAACACAAUUUCGGUGUUUUAAAGAUUGUACUUAAAAUUCUGGAACAAUGUCAUGGAUAAGAGAUAAUACUUUAAAUUGGUUUCAACAUUUGGCUAUAAAAAUUUUAAGAACUGGGCAUAUUCCUAAACAUGUAGCAUUUAUAAUGGAUGGUAAUAGACGUUAUGCAAGUAAAACUGGAAUAGAAAAGAUAGAAGGACAUACUAAAGGAUUUGAUAAGUUUGCUGAAACUUUACAAUGGUGCACAGAUCUUGGCAUACAAGAAGUAACAUUUUAUGCAUUUAGUAUUGAAAAUUUUAAAAGAAAACAAGAAGAAGUAAAUGGACUUUUAAAUCUUGCAGAACAAAAGUUUCAAAGAUUAUUAGAUGAAAAGGAUAAAAUACGUAAACAUGGAUUGUGUGUCCGUAUAAUAGGUAAUUUAUCGUUACUACCUCAAAAUAUACAAGAACUAAUUGCAGAGACUAUGAUUCUUACUAAGGAACAUAAUAAAGGAUUUCUUAAUAUUGCAUUUGCAUACACAUGUGUUCAAAAUGGAGAUAUUCUUUCUGAAGAUAUUGAUGAAAACUUGAUUUUUAACUGUUUAUAUACUAAUUAUUCACCAAAUCCAGAUUUAUUAAUUCGUACUUCUGGAGAAGUCAGAUUUAGUGAUUUUCUCAUGUGGCAAAUAUCAAAUACAUGUAUUUAUUUUACUAAUGUCUUAUGGCCAGAAUUCAAUUUGUGGGAACUUCUUAAUGCAAUAUUUUAUUACCAAAGAUGUUACUCUGACAUACAAAAAGUCAUGAAAUUACAAAAUGUGAAGCAAAUAAUGCAGAAUAGCAGACAAUCAACAUAUAUAGAUAAAUUACUUCAUAAAAGACAAAUAACACUUGAAAGAAUAUAUUUGUCAAAUAUUUAAAUAAUAUAUGUGUCAAAACAAGUUUUCUUAAGAUUAAUUAUAAGUGUUAAACCAAAUUGAAUUAUCCAACAUUGUAUGUAAACAUAAUUCUUUCUAAUUUACAUUUAUGUAUAUAUUUUAAAAAUAUUUUUGUACAUUUCUUUUUAAAUGUUACUAUAUAAUACUAUUUAAAUAUGUAUAAGUAUUGAAAAUCUAUAGACCCUAUUCUAUUCUUAUAUAAAAAAAAGUCUUAUAUAUAUUUUUUCAUAUUGAGUAAUUUCUUUUAAAAAAUGAAUAUGAUGUACAUUGUACAUAAUGAUAAAAACAUGAAACAAUAGAAUGUUAUGCAUAUACAUAAAUUUAUUCUUCUAUAUAUUAUUCUUUUAUAUUUUAUUAUUUUACAAAUUUGUAUAUAUUUAUAUUGUAUCUAUAUGUACAGACAUAUAUAUAUUUAUAAAAUUUGUAAUUAAGAUAUUUUCCUGAAAUACCUUGUAUAUCAAAUCUGCUGUAGUAUAUUAAAUAUUUGGCUUAAUUUUGACUUUCUUCACUCUUUUUAAAUAUAUUUAUCUUUAUAAAUUAAUAAAAUUUUUUUAUAUUUUAAAAUAUUCAAAGAAUUGCUGAAAACAUU